AUGUCUAUCUCAAUCUCGCAAGUCUCUAGAUUUAGGAUCCAAUUAUUGGGACGUUCUUGCUGUGAACGUGUCAAUGGCUGGCUCAACAACAACUCUAGACCAAAGCUGCUCGAUGUUAGAGCUGAUGGUAAAAGUAGAUGGGUCAGACGAAACAUAAGUACAACUACGCAAGGCGGUAUAAACAGUAACACCAAGAGUAGUGUGUUGGGAGGAGUAGUUCCCAUUAGUAGAAUCAUAGAUGCAGAGAGCAGGACAAAGAUACAGCCAUAUGGAAAUGUUCAGCAACGGCUUGCUGAAGACAAAGAUUUGUCUAAACUCCUCACUGUGAUAGUUUUUGAUCUUGAGACAACCGGCUUGGACAGGGUAAAAGAGCGGAUUAUCGAAAUUGCAGUUCAGGAUCUUGCUGGGGGUGAGAACAGCACAUUUCAGACUCUCAUCAACCCGGAUUUAAUUAUACCAAAUACCAGUUUCCGCAUCCACGGAAUCAGUAAUGACAUGGUUCGUCGACCUGAGGUUCCAAGGAUGGAAGAGCUGAUACCGAUAUUUCUGCGGUUUGUUAAGAGCCGGCAAAAACCGGGAGGUUAUGUGAUGUUUGUUGCACACAAUGGAAAAACUUUUGAUUUCCGGUUCUUGAUCAACGAAUUUAACCGUUGCUCUUACGAGAUUCCUCAUAAUUGGCUGUUACUAGACUCACUUCCACUAGCCAGAGAGAGCAUGAAGUCUGUAGAGUCAACCGUUAAGCCAAAAUCGACAUUACAAGCUCUAGGGGAAUACUACGAUCUUUCAAGGGAUGGUCAUGCUCAUAGAGCCUUGUCAGAUGUCUUACUCUUAUCUCAGGUGUUCCAGAGACUCACUGUUGAUCUCAAGCUCUCACUCCGUGAUCUUGUCCUCCGCUCCAACACAGCAUCUGAGAUCGCUGAUGCGAUGGCGAUGGCAAAGAAUAAGAAGGCUUGA